AUGAGGGAGAGUGGACUGAAGCCAAAUGACCACUCUGGAAAUGUUAAAGAAGGAUCUUUUGAGGAGUCCUACAGUCUUGCAUCUACUGUUAUGAAGGGAAAUGGCUGCAGGAUUCUCCGUCUGGCCCUCCAAGUAUCUACCUUGGAGGCAAAGGAAUGGAUAUAA